AUGGACAAAGCGCUCAAAUGGUCUUCUCGCCAAUACCGCAGAAUUGUUCCCGAUCCACAGCCUCAAAGCUACAAUGGUGCUGGCGCAACCACAAAUUCGAAGAAGCCAAGCAGCUUUCGCGCAAGAGACGGUCACGAUCCUCGAGAAGAAGAGGAGGACGAGGUUGACAGUGGGAACGAAGAAGCCACGAGUGAGCAGCAAGUUCGUCCAGACGAGCAACGCUCGGCAAGCAUCCAGGCUCUUCGAAAUGUCGGAGAAGAUGAGCUGCAUGAGUCGAAUGACGAUGAGGGAGUCCCCGUUGGACAGACCGCCCAAGAGUCCGUGUCCCAAGCAUCGCCGCCAAGCGCGCAAUCGCCUCAAGGAUCGGAAGUUCAGCAAGCAACGAGUGAUCCGCUUGAGGCAGUCAAUCAAGCAGCAGGUAUCGGUCAGCCAGCACUCAGUCGUCCGCCAAGAGCUGGCCAUGGUUCAACAGCAGGAUAUCAAUUAUCGCCAAAUGCAGAUGCAUUGCUGGCGCCCCACUCGGCGAGGCACGCAUUGGCGGAUGAAGGGCCUUCGCAGCAUACGCCAAUCAUACCGACAGAGCUACCAACACUUGAGAUGCCUGCUGGUUACCCCGACACUGGCUCUCGGCCCGCUCUUGAGACUUUGGCCGUUGAAAGUGAAGUCGGAAGACCUCGAACGAGUGCCUCAGCAUCCUCCAAGUCUUCGUCAUCGCAGUCUAAGCGAAAAUCGACUGAAGGUCUGGAUCCACGUUACGGACAUUCUCCGAAGCGAUCCAAGACAGUCAAGAAUUCGCUGGUCGGGCCUCAGGUCACUGAAAGUGCAACCGCUGAUCACACCGGUGAGGAUGACCUCGUCGUGCAAGACGAGACUGAACUCGAAGAUCCCGAGUCUCGUCCCAAUGAGGUCUCCGAAUGGCCAGACGCUUGGCAAGUGGUCUGGAAGACCGUGAUCGCUCGCAAUGCUUCGAAGGCAAUCAUGGUAGAAUUUCGGGACUAUCUGCGCGCUGCGCGAAAGUUCAGGGUCGACAUCCUUGAACAAGUAGACGUCCCGCAGCGACCAGACAGUGACGACGCAACGACAUACGCUCGGCGAUGUAUGCACGCCAUUAAAAAGAGAGUGAACACAAGGCCGACCGUCGAGCAGGGAGCUUCUGUGCUUCCAAAUCCAGAGAAAAAUGCAGAGAACAAGGUAGAUGCCCAGGGAGGUGCCCAAGGAAGGGUCGACGGUGACGCUUCACUUGCCGGCGUUGAUGCCUCACUGGUCGAGGAAGAGCUCAGCGCCGUUCAGCGAAGGCUCGGUUUCCUACAGCCAAGAAGCCUGCUGCGACCAAGAAGCCGCAGUCUCCAGGGCACUUGGAAUUUCAACGGGACAGCUGGCUGCGGGGCUAGCGCUUUUGCUGGCCGGUGGGUGCAGUACAACCAACGCGGCGAGAUUAUCAACCGCAUCGUCUUGAAAGAUGUGCGCCAUCCGGAAACGUCAUGUGCCAACAGCGAGGCCAGCGAUAUGUGGGAGAACAUCGACCGAGAAAGACCGAGAGAGUAUUUCCUCCAGCAAAGACUCAACCGUUGUCCAGAGUCACAUAAUCUUGUCAAGUGCUACGCAUACAACGUCCAAGAGGAUCAUCGAAUGAUACGGCUCUACCUCGAGGACUGUCCGCAUGAAGACCUGGAGAGCGUCAUCAAACAGCAUGCUCACGUGCGAGACCAUGUCAGAGAUGCACAGGACCUCUCGCUCGACUACCGCAUUCCGCCGCCAGCGCUUUGGUCCAUCCUGGAGGCGAUGGUGUCGGCGGUAUGUUUCAUGACUUCGGGCUUGCUGCCAAUCCAUCCGGAAGGUGGCGGUACUUGGCAACCGAUCUUGCAUCGCGACAUCAAGCCGGCGAACAUCUUCCUCUCUAUCCCGCAUACCAGAAUCUGGCCUGGGAUAUCCAUGCCGAAAGUCGGCGAUUUUGGUCUCGCCGUGGAGAUCGUGUAUGGCGAAGCCCCGAGCCAAUCGGGAACUGACCUCUACAUGGCUCCGGAGCGACUGUCCGACGACAACGAAGAGUUCUUGAACGCGCUCGGCUCCCAGUUACGUUGCACCAGCAGCGAAAUCUGGUCGAUUGGACGGGUGAUGCACGACCUCAUGACCCUGCGCCGAUCGGAUCCGAAGAAGCCGAAUGCAAAGCAAAGCCUCAAGAGCUUUCCUCCUGAAGACGAACAGUAUUACAGCGAGGAGGAUCCAGCUCUGCUCAAGUUGGUGAAAAGCUGUCUGGUCGAGCACUACAUCAGUCGACCCGCUGCGGCCGCUCUCUGGGGCCAAAUACAGAGCAAGGUCGGCUCUUACCGUGAUUUCAGCCUGACCAAGCCGCCGAUGAAGACCGAGCAGCUGCCGGAGCAUGAGAAGCUGUGGUACAAGCAGGCUCAGAACGAUCUUUGGGUUCCGCAGAGAUGA